AUGGCCUCUGUUACCUCCCUCGACAAAGACAUGCGCAAGUUGCGGCUUGACCGGUACACGCCUCAAGCUGCCAAUGAAGUGCGGGCGUUUAUAGAGGAAUCUCUGGGAGAGCGCCUUGCCCCUGGUGAUUUGCUGGACAGUCUGAAAGACGGAGUGGCUCUCUGCAAACUCGUCAACCUUGCGGCCCCAGACACCCUCCGAUUCAAAGCGAGAGCAGUAAUGCCCUUCGUUCAGAUGGAAAACAUAUCCCUCUUCUUAAGCGCUUGCAAAUCCGCGCCAUUCAAUCUCCAAUCCCACGAUACGUUCCUCACGGUUGACCUCUUCGAGUCUAAAGACCCGGCGCAAGUCCUCCAAUGUUUAGGCUCAUUCAGCAGGGCAGCGAAUCGCAUCAACCCCUCCAAGUUCCCAAGCCCAAUCGGCGGGAAGUCGCGAAAUGGGCUGAUGAGCCCUCAAGGGACGGGCUCUGGGGCCGUGGGCGGAGGUAGCUACGGAAAUAGAGGACGCGGUGUUUCUAAUGCCAGUAAUACAUCGUCGGCAUACAAUACCAGACCGUUAUCUUCGUUAACGCCUACGGAGACAGGGGGCUCGAAUAGUGGGAGGUGGAGUCCUUCGAAGAAUGCUACCCCAUUGUCCCCUGGGGUAAGUAGUUGGAGCAAGAAGUCAGACGAGGGGGCCACAUCCCCCGCCUGGAAUAUUGCGCAGUACGGGUAUAUGGGCGGUGCAAGCCAGGGCAAUCUGGGCGUUUCAUUUGGUGGUAGACGCCAGAUUACAAGUGCUGGUCCGAAAGUUCCCAGCCUGGCGGAAAAGGAGAAGAGGAGAAAAGAGCAAGAGGCCGAAUCAGAGCGUCAGAGAAUACACGCAGAAGGGGAUGAAAGAAAGCGUAUUGCAGAACGACACGCCGAAGAAGAGCGCUUGCGAAUAGAAGAGGAAGAACGAUGGGCCGAGGAGACCAGACAAAUGAGAGAAAAAGAGCGUCAAAAAGCUGACGAGGAAAGGCGGAAAUGGGAGGAAGAAGAGCAGAGAUGGCGCCAAGAGGAGGAGGCGCGACAGAGAGAGGAGCGCGAAGCUGAGGCGAGAUUGCAAGACGAGCGCAAGCGAGCACGCGGUAACAGCGAUGCUCGGUUGAGGGGCCAGUUUUUGAGUCAAUAUCAAGCCGAAAUUGGACUUUCGAAAGGAUCAAGCACUGGAGAAAGCCCCGAGAACAGUCGCAUCAAGGAAUUGGAGCGCGAGCUCGAGCAGGCCAGGGAGCGAGAGCGCCAAUAUGAGAGGGAGAGACAGGAAAAAUCAAAACAGCGGAACCGUCCUACAGUUGAAGAUCAUGAUCUGGCUGUUCGGGUCAAGGAAGAGAAUGCCAAAUUACGAUCGAGAUCACGCAGUCGAGUACGCAGUCGAUCACGCGCUCCGUCCCGGUCACACAAGGACCAGGAUGAAGUAUGGCGCGAAGACGAGAGAGACUACCUGCGAAAGCAAUGGGCAUCUCAACAGUCAGACGAGCCAGCACACACCCCACAGCCACCCUCGAAAUCCCCCCGUCCUCUCCCAGACCCUACGCCUUCGCUCCCGCCACGAGUAGCGAAGCAGGCUACGGGCUCUUCGCGACCACUUCCAGACCCAGCAAAAUACGCUUCCGCUAAAUCCCCUGAGCAGAACUUCUCGCCCAACCAAAACCGUACCGACCGCUUCCUCUCCGCUAACCCUGCACCCAAGCCAGUCCAAGCAAGCACGACCUACUCCAAUGAAAUCGGCGCUUUCGAUAGCUCUGCCGAGCGCGACGCCGAAGACCGCCGCCGCGUCCAGUCGCAGCAAAAGACAAAAGCCAACGGAUGGGCCUCCAAGUCUCUCCUUGAGCGAGAAAUGGAGAACGAGAGGCAGCGACAGCGGGAGUGGGAGGAGUCUCAGAAGGAGCUGAAGAGCAAAGUUCCGAAGGGAGAUGGUGUUGACGGUAUCGGCGGUGGGAUUGGAGGGAAGUGGGACGUCAAUCAGUGGACUGGGUAUACAGGUGGUGAUGGGCAGAAUAGGGGGACGCAGGGGAUUGGGGCUGGUCGACGGCAGAUUGUUGGGCCGAGACCUCCGCCUGGGGGACAUUGA